CAGGCUCUCUUUUGAUUGUUUACUCCCUGUUGGCACCUUGAAGACUCAUCAGCUGGCCGCCACCCGCUAUUUCCCCGCAUAGUGUGAGUUUCGGCACUUUCCAGGGUCUCGGUGUUGGCCAAAAUGGACUACUCUAUGUCAGGCGCGAGGAAGUCUCGCUUGGGACAACAGGUACGUGGUCGCAAGCCAGCUGGUGGGGAAUCACGGGGACCCGGGGACGGCACCACCAUGUACGACCCCCAGUACCAGCAACAGUAUGACAUAUACGGGCAGCCAGUGCCCCAGCAGGGAGGGCCACAGCCACAGCUCUUUGAGGACACCAGUGGGCAGGCCUACAACAACUAUGGCAACCAAGGGUAUGGGGGAGGCGUGGAUUAUGGCUACCCAAACACCAGGCAGGGUGGACAGCAGGGACAACAAGCUUAUGGUGCCUAUCCAGGAAACAUGCCUGGUCCACAGAUAUUCCAGGACCCCAUGGUUGCCAACAUGGCCAUGCAAUAUGGACAGUCUUUGGCCAGCCAAGGUCGGGAAUAUAUGGACAAGAAGAUAGAGAAAUAUGUCAGCACGAGUCAGAUCAAGUAUUACUUUGCAGUUGACACUCACUAUGUCAUGAAGAAAUUGCAACUCCUCCUCUUCCCUUAUACUCACACAGACUGGAGUGUGCGAUAUGAACAAGACACCCCAGUUCAGCCUCGACAUGAGGUUAAUGCACCAGAUCUUUACAUCCCCCUCAUGGCUGUAGUUACAUACAUCUUGGUGGCAGGGCUCUGUCUUGGUCUCCAGAAAAGUUGCGUGACUGGUGACUGCCCAGAGCUCCUCCACAGGUUUUCUCCAGACGUGUUGGGGAUGCAGGCCAGCUCAGCCUUAGUGUGGCUGGUGCUUGAGAUUUUCAUCAUCCUGGCCACUCUAUAUGUCACAGCCAUACAGACGCACAUCAAGACUCUGGAUCUGCUUGCUUUUUCCUCUUACAAAUAUGUUGGGAUGAUUGUGUCCCUACUGGCCGGCCUGGUCAUGGACAGCCUUGGCUACUAUGGUGUCCUGGCUUACUGCAGCCUCAGCCUUGUUGUGUUCAUGUUCCGCACGCUGCGGUGGCAAGUGCAGGGCAGUGGGGGCACCAUGGAGGCCUACAGUGUGGGCAACAAGCGACGUCUCUACCUGCUGCUCUUCAUGUCUGGCCUGCAGCCGCUCAUGAUGUGGUGGCUGACCCAUCACCUGGUGGCCUAGUGUCUUGUGUGGGGUGCAGGGGUCUCACCAUGACCAACAUAUAAUAAUUUUAUAUGUGCUUCAUAUUGUGAUGGCCUUAACAUCAAGCUUCUGUUUGGCUAGUUUAAUAAAACAGGACUAUAUUAUUUAAUAAA